UAUUGUUAAUAUAGAAGAGAUCAAAAAACUUUUAUUGCUUUACAAAUGUCCAGUUAAAAUUACAAAUCAAAAGGAUAAUUUGUUACUUAUUCAAGCAGUUUUGCAACGUCACAUUAUAGAAACAAUAUUCUCUUAUGCAACAAAGUAUUUUCAAAGUACAGGACAACAUUAUCAUCUUGAAUCAAACAUUAUUAAUCAAGCAUCUUCAUUAUCCACAUUAUUAACUGAUGCCUCUAAAUAUCGUACUGGCAAUAAUGAAAUAAUGCGUAUAGCAUCAACAAAAUUGCGUAAACAAAUCUAUUUGAUUCUUAAUAAUUGUGGAUUUUCUGAUAUGUAUGGAAAAAAUAAUGCUAAAUAUGAGCAUCCUUUCAUUACUUUUUAUAAAGAAAAAUUAAACAAAACUAUAAAUGAAUUACGUACUAUCAAAGAUCAAGAGAAAAUUACAGUUGAUCACUUGGCAGCAACUAUAAUUCGUGAGGUUAUAAAGAUAUUUUGGUUUAGACUAAAAAUUCAUGAAUCUGUUGCACAAUAUGUUUGGAUCCCAUUUAAUGCCAAAGUAGAUGAAAUAUUUAUGGAAGGAGAAAAUUUUGAUGAUAGUGACAAUGAAAAUUUGUAUGUAGAUUUAUGUUAUUUUCCAUUAAUUGGAAAAGAUUUAACAUCAAAUAAUCAUGAAGUUUAUGUUCCUGCAAAAGUAUUUGUACGAAAAAAUCAAUAACAAAUUCAA